UAUGUAUCUAGUUUUUAAUGUUUAAAAUUUUAUAAAAUUUUUAAAGCAACCAUAUGUUGAUUUCAUUUAGACUUUUGCAAUAAUUGUGGGAUUGUUUCAACAAAAUGUGUAAGCUUGCAAGAUACUCUUCAAUGACAGGUCCUUUGCUAAAUGAGUGAUGUGUGCCAAAAGCAGAAAAAAAGACAGCCGAUACGGCGGAUGAGGUCUAUUUAUCAGGUACACUACGGGCUGCGUCCUCGCGAGGACGAGAUGACGGCGCGACCUUUUGUGUUGCCGACAGAGUCUCCGGAGGUCCACAAAUACGCGCUCCAGGUCGCUGGACACCAAACCACAAAGGAUACAAAGUAUCUAGGUCUUCUUCAAUGCAGCAACGGCAGGAUACUAAAGCCGAUAUUAAAGGAAUCUCAGAAGCGCGAAGUGGAGUUCUACGAGAGGCUGGCCACCACCAAGGACCCUGACUUGCUGGAGCUGCGCAAGUUCACGCCGCAGUACUACGGCGUGCGGCAGUUCGCUUACAACGGACAUGAACUGGAGUACAUCAUGCUGGAAGACCUCACUGAGAGGAUGCUGGAACCUUGCAUUAUGGAUGUCAAGAUUGGUAAGCGGACUUGGGAUAAGUUCGCGAGCGCGGAGAAGAUCGCGAGCGAGGAGAGCAAGUACCGGCGCUGCAAGCAGGAGUUCUGCUUCUGCAUCCCCGGAUACCAGGUGUACCGCCUGGACCGCGGUGACCUGCACAAGUACGGCAAGGACCACGGCAAGCGUCUGCACGGACAGAUGGUCAUCGCCGCUAUCCGCAACUACCUGAACGCGGGUGAGGUGGGGGGUGUUGGUGGUGUGGGGGGUGUUGGGGGUGCGGCAUGUCGCGCGCUGGUGCUGCAGCAGCUGGCGGGGCUGUGGGCGCUGCAGCGUUGGGCGUCACGAGCUCGUCCUCUGCGUCUCUCCUCCACCUCGCUACUGCUCGUGUACGACGCCGCGAGAUUGCGCACUUGUUGCACACAGAAUCGUUCCUCGUACAAACCUAUAACGAGGCGUAAAUCAAUACAUUCCACGGACAGUCCGACCGCGGGCUCCAAUUUCAGUGGUCAACUCGGCUCCCAAGGGCCCGUCUACCGUAAGGUGAACUCCGUACCGCUCAGUCCCAUGUCUUUCACAAGGAAAUACUUCUCACCUCCUCCUCCUAUCACAUCCCCUUGGUCCGAAGCCCUGGAGCGUUUGAAUCAUAAUCAUUCUUUCGAACAUAAUUACGAAAAUAAACUAUCUAAAAUUAAAAUGAAUUAUCGAGCCACUUUAGAUCAGCUGUGCAGCGAACUUCCUCACCCCAACCCUUGGGGUGCAGUCAAACUGAUUGACUUCGCGCACGCUUACUUCGAUGAAGAUGAACAUAAAAUAGAUUAUAAUUUCAAAGAGGGCAUCGACAGUUUGGUUCAGAUCUUUGAAAUGUUACUCCAAGAGACGGAUGAUCAGGUUUUCUGACAGAUUAAGAGAUAUUUAUCAUCGGUUUCUGAGACCGAAAUCCAAACAACAAUAUUUUUUAUACAGUAAUUUUGGUCUCAGAAACCGAAUAUAAGUCAUUUAAGUUCAUUUAUUGUUGUUAUUAAAGUCAUAAUAAAUAAUAUGUUAAUUUAUAAUAAUCCUUUUUUCAUGU